CAAACAGUUUUCGGUCGCCAAAAGAUUAAACAAAACAAAAUUUUCGGAAAAUUUAAGAACUUACAAUUUUUAUUUUAAUUCAGAGAACUUUCUUCGUUUGAUUAUUAGUUCAUUAUGGUUUCUUAUUUGGUCAUGCUGCUCACAUCUAUCCUACACGUUGGGCUACAGACCAGCCUCUUCGUGAAUAUCGAUCAACCGAUGCCGGUGCCGGGUGGCUUCUACGCCAGCUUCAUGAUGUACUGCGGUUUCCUGCACUUUCUGGAGGACAUGGUGCUGCUGCCGAAGAGGUACAAGCGGCGGCUGUUCUGGCCAGUCCGCUUCGUGAUCGAGCUGACGCUAAGCGUUGCCGUCAUGGAGGUGUUGGCUUUGGUCUUUUGGGCCCGAAUUGAGCUCAUCAUCUAUCUGUGGGUGAAGGCGGCGCUUUGCUUCUACGGCAAUAUGUCCGAAGAGGAGUACCAACAGCACGAGGCGACCAUUAUGGGCUCUCUGCUCACAUCGAUAGCUGCGCUCUUCUGGAUGAGUGCCGUUGUGGCCACGGAACCCUUAGAGAAGUCGCGCAAGGACAAACCGCGGGGAAAGAGCUUUAAACAAGAGGAGGAAGUGCAACAGCAGGAAGAUAUAGAAGAGCAGCAGGAUCAGACACAACAGCAGGAACUACUGGAGCAGCUGGAGAUGCAGCGUCCAGUGCCGUCGAAGUAUCUGAUUCUUGCCGAUGCCGAGGCAAUGUCUUCGCAAACCUAAAAGGCAAUUUUCCACUUCCCCAGAGCAAUUCAGAAGUGUUCCCUCAACUAGAAGUGCGGUAGCAGAAGA